AUGGAGGGCCAGAGCAGCAGUGGCAGCAGGAGGCCGGGGACCCGGGCUGGCCUGGGACCCCUGCCCAAGCCUCAUGGGGCUUUCCAAACUGGGGCGCCCUCCAAGGUGGACUCAAGUUUUCAGCUCCCAGCAAAAAAGAAGGCAGCCCCAGGACCCUCGGAACCAAGGUUGGCUCUGGCACCUGUAGGUCCACGAGCAGCUAUGUCAACUUCAGAGGGCCUGAGGCUGGCUCUAGCAUCUCCUCGACCCAUCCUGGCUCCACUGUGUACUCCUGGGGGGCAGAAAACAGCUCCUGCCCACCGCAGCUCCAGCCUGGCUCCAACAUCUGUGGGCCAGCUGGUGAUGUCUGCCUCGGCUGGACCAAAGCCUCCCCCAGCAACCUCAGGCUCAGUCCUGGCUCCGACAUCCCUGGGGCAGUUGGUGAUGUCUGCCUCAGCUGGGCCAACGUCUCCCCCAGCCACUCUGGGGCCCAGUCUGGCCCCAACUUCCAGGGACCAGAAGCAGGUACCACCUGCCUCCGUGGGACCCAAGCCAGCACUGGCAGCCUCAGGCCUGAGUCUGGCCCUGGCUUCUGAGCUGCAGCCCUCACAGCCCCCGUCCAACCCUUCCCCAGUGCCCAGUCCGGUUCUGUCACCCUCUCAGGAGCAGGCCCUGGCUCCAGUGUCCACGGCAUCAGCUCCGGCCUAUGUGGGACGGACACCAGCUAGACAGAGGGAUGCCCCAGCCCCCAGACCUCUCCCUCCUUCUGAGGGGCGUCUCCAGCCUCCGGCACAGGCAUCUGGUCCUACGGGACCCCCAUCUUCCAUCCAAGCCUCCCUAGACCCCCGCUUCUCCUCCUCUUUCCGAGCCCGGCCUGAGGCCUCCCACAGCAGCCCUGAGGAUCCUGUCCUGCCACAGCCACCCCAGACCCUGCCCUUGGAUAUGGGCCAGGGCCCUCCAGAGCCUGGCACCCGCUCCCCUGGACUUCUGUCCCCCACCUUCCGGCCGGGGACAUCCUCAAGCCAGACUGUGCCCCCACCUCUGCCCAAGCCACCCCGGUCUCCCAGCCACUCCCCCAACCGCUCCCCCAACCGCUCUCCCGGUGUCCCCACGGCCCCUGAGAUGGCCCUCCCCAGGCUUGGCACCCAGGGUGCAGGGCCUGGCAGGAGCCCGAGCCCCAACCUUCAGGCCCAAGAAGCCCCAGCCCCGGUCACCAUCUCCCCUUCUACAUCCACCUCGUCGUCCUCUUCUUGGUCAGCUCAGCCUACCUGCAAGAGUGACCCCGGCUUCCGGAUCACUGUGGUCACAUGGAAUGUGGGCACCGCCAUGCCCCCUGACGAUGUCACGUCCCUCCUCCACUUGGGCGGUGGUGAUGACAGUGAUGGCGCAGACAUGAUCGCAAUAGGGUUGCAGGAAGUGAACUCCAUGAUCAACAAGCGACUCAAGGACGCUCUCUUCACGGAUCAGUGGAGCGAGCUCUUCAUGGAUGCUCUGGGGCCCUUCAACUUCGUGCUGGUGAGUUCUGUGAGGAUGCAGGGCGUCAUCCUGCUGCUGUUCGCCAAGUACUACCACCUGCCGUUCCUGCGGGACGUGCAGACCGACUGCACGCGCACCGGCCUGGGUGGCUACUGGGGCAACAAGGGUGGCGUGAGCGUGCGCCUGGCGGCCUUCGGGCACAUGCUCUGCUUCCUCAACUGUCACUUACCCGCACAUAUGGACAAGGCGGAGCAGCGCAAGGACAACUUCCAGACCAUCCUCAGUCUCCAGCAAUUCCAGGGGCCCGGAGCACCCGGCAUCCUGGAUCACGACCUUGUGUUCUGGUUUGGGGACCUGAACUUCCGCAUUGAGAGCUACGACCUGCAUUUCGUCAAGUUCGCCAUUGACAGCGACCAGCUCCAUCAGCUCUGGGAGAAGGACCAGCUCAACAUGGCCAAGAACACCUGGCCCAUCCUGAAGGGCUUUCAGGAGGGGCCCCUCAACUUCGCUCCCACCUUCAAGUUUGAUGUGGGUACCAACAAAUAUGACACCAGCGCCAAGAAGCGGAAACCAGCCUGGACAGACCGUAUCCUGUGGAAGGUCAAGGCUCCCUGUGGGGGACCCAGCCCUUCGGGACGGGAGAGCCACCGGCUCCAGGUGACCCAGCACAGCUACCGAAGCCACAUGGAAUACACAGUCAGUGACCACAAGCCUGUGGCUGCCCAGUUUGUCCUGCAGUUUGCUUUUAGGGACGACAUGCCACUGGUGCGGCUGGAGGUGGCAGACGAGUGGGUGCGGCCCGAGCAGGCUGUGGCGAGGUACCGCAUGGAAACGGUGUUUGCCCGCAGCUCCUGGGACUGGAUCGGCUUGUACCGGGUGGGUUUCCGCCACUGCAAGGACUACGUGGCUUAUGUCUGGGCCAAACAUGAAGACGUGGACGGGAAUAUCUACCAGGUGACAUUCAGUGAGGAAUCGCUGCCCAAGGGCCAUGGAGACUUUAUCCUGGGCUACUACAGCCACAACCACAGCAUCCUCAUUGGCGUCACUGAACCCUUCCAGAUCUCGCUGCCUACCUCGGAGUCGGCCAGCAGCAGCACAGACAGCUCGGGCACCAGCUCGGAGGGUGAGGACGACAGCACUCUGGAGCUGCUCGCACCCAAGUCCCGCAGCCCCAGUCCUGGCAAGUCCAAGGGACACCGUAGCCGCAGCCCAGGACUGGCCCGAUUCCCCAGUCUUGCCCUACGGCCCUCAUCUCGGGAACGCCGCGGUGCCAGCCGUAGCCCCUCACCCCAGAGCCGCCACCUGCCCCGGGUGGCUCCUAAUAGGAGCAGUGAUGGCGGCAGCCGGGCCAGUAGUGAGGAGGGGCCCUCUGCGCUGCCUGGCUCUUGGGCCUUCCAACCAGCUGUGCCUCGAAGCCUGGGCCUGCUGCCUGCCUUGCGCUUGGAGCCUGUAGACCCUGGUGGCGGUGGCUCCUGGGGACCAGAUCAGGAGGCCCCGGCCCCCGACAGCCUGUCUCCCAGCCCCCAGGGCCGGCAGGGGCUAGAGGAAGGGGGCCUGGGGCCCUGAGGGCGGAGCAGGUAGAUGGGCCCAGGUGGCCCCCGCUCUGCCUCAAUCUUUCGCAAACCCACCUGCCUCUCUCCUGCUGCCGCUCCAGCUGUGUCUGCACCUGCCACUUUGUCCUGGCUAGGGGUGGCCAACUAGGGUCCCCCAGAACUCAGUCCUGGCACCUCAACUGUGACAAUCAGCAAAGCCCUGCCGGGCCCCCAUCUGGGAUGGUGUCCCCAAUCCUGGAGGUCAUCCAUUAGGAAUUAAAUUCUCCAGCCUCA